AGUAUGGCGAAGACAUACGAUUAUUUGUUUAAAUUACUGUUAAUCGGAGAUUCUGGUGUCGGGAAGACAUGCGUGUUGUUCAGGUUCUCAGAGGAUGCAUUUAACUCCACAUUCAUCUCCACCAUAGGAAUUGACUUUAAAAUUAGAACAAUAGAACUAGAUGGCAAGAAGAUAAAGUUACAGAUAUGGGACACGGCAGGACAGGAGCGUUUUCGAACAAUCACAACAGCAUACUAUAGAGGAGCAAUGGGUAUCAUGCUAGUCUACGACAUCACCAAUGAAAAGUCCUUUGAAAACAUCAAGAACUGGAUACGUAACAUAGAGGAGCAUGCAUCGGCUGAUGUUGAGAAGAUGGUCCUUGGUAACAAAUGUGACAUCAAUGACAAACGGCAGGUGUCCAAAGAAAGAGGAGAGAAGCUGGCGUUGGAGUAUGGUAUCAAGUUCAUGGAGACCAGUGCAAAGGCCAAUAUCAAUGUGGAAAAUGCCUUUUUGACACUUGCCCGAGACAUCAAAUCGAAGAUGGACACAAAAUUGGAGGGCAAUAGUCCCCAGCGGAAAAGCCACGGGGUGAAGAUCUCUGAGCCCCAGAAGAAGAUCCGCUUCUUCCCCUGUGCCCUACUGUGA